AUGGCAGACAUUGAGUUGGGACUUAUCCAGGCGAAUCGUCGGGCCGACAUCCAGCUAUGUCAGGACGAAAAGGAAUUUCUCUGGUUGUACUGCCGAUCCAACGAUGAUGCUUUCGCCCCUAUUCUAGCAUGGCAGGAGUACCUAUCUCAUCUAUCGUCUCUCAUAGGGGAGGAGGCUAUAAGAGUCUUCAGGAGCACACUAGAACCGACUUUUUGUGAGACACAUUCGGACUAUCAGGUAAUAAUUCGGGCUCUUUGCGCAACUAUAACAAUUAUUCGCGAAGAUCCGCGAAUAUCAGUAUCACGACUAUGCGACCGCCUCGCGGAGAAAGGAGUUGUCAAGGAAAUGACGACUGAGUCAACGGCAAGAUAUUGCGUGCUAUCGCUCGUCGGAUGGUGCUCCCUUCUUUUUAUUCCGUCGCAAAAGGUCAUGCAUGGAAAUUUUAUCCUAGAUACCCAGGGUGCCAAGUGUUUUGGUCGGCCUUCCAUGGCCAUGCAACAGGCAGGUAGGCCGAUCCAUGAGUUACUUCGAUCAUUUGGUGAGCUUCUUCCCAAAAGAAAGUCAACACUGGGUAGUCUGGAUGGACUGCAAUCAACAGAAUCAACUGCCUAUAAGUUCUACGUGUCAUAUGUCAACGUGGCGGCUCUUACGAAGCUGGCCAAUAUAGAAAUCAUCUGGGUCGAUACCGUCAGCGCUCAUCUCGAUUUCGACCCAACAGGGCCAAGUCUUCGGAUUUUCAAGGUCCCCUCGUACUGCAGAUUGCAUGCUUCAGACGAUACGCUCCUGUCAGUGUACGUGUUCCCUCCACGCACUUUACCCGAUGGGGAUAAGCCUGCUGACCAAGUUCUUUGA